AUGGCGAGCGCGCUCAAGGUCGCGCCUUCUCGCCGCCCCGCGCGCGACGUCCACCUUGUGCUCUGGUGCUUCGUGUUUCUCAUGCACAUUGCUGCUUGCGGAUUCGCCUUCACGAUGGCGUAUGCCCACCAGUACCUCCAGCACGUUACCGGCGGCUACAACUAUGUGCGCGUGCUCAAGCUGCUGCAGCCCGUGACCGUGACCGUCGCCGUCUACGCUACGAUUGCGAUCUUCCAUGGUCUCCAACUGGUGCGCAUGUGCAUCUGGCUCGUCCGGCCGCCGAUACCCACAGCCAAGCAUUCGUCGUGCGGCGGUCCCAUCGUGCGCGCAAUGCGCCGGACGCUGCGCCUCUUUAGCUCCCGCGGACCCUACUACGAGCUCAAGCUCGCGAUCAAGCACGUGAUCCUUGCAGCGUCGCAGACGUACCGCGCGUACGCCACCAGUGUUCUCGUUGACGUGAGCAUGAUCAACUUGACGUUUUCAGUGGUCCUCUUUGCGUACGGCGUGCUCUUGCCGCUGCUGUGGCGCUUUGCGUCGCCCGUGGCGCGCCGCCAGUACACGAUUGCCGCGGCCGUAUGCAUUAACUUUACCGCCAACGUCAUCCUGCCAACGUGGAUCCUGCGGCCGUACUACACCUUUUUCACGCGCCCGGACAGUAGCAAGAUCGUGUACCAGGAUACGUUCUAUCCCAUCGGCGUCUCGGUGUGCCAGAGCGUCCUUGCGACGUCGUAUUUGGACUUGACCGUCGCUGCGAUUACGCACGCCUUCUUGCUCUUUGCCCUCGCGGACUUUAUGACGACGUUCGUGCUCGUGCCCAAGGUGCUACUGCAGCGCGCGUCGACGCUGCGCGACCGCAAGCUGCCGCGCUGGUGCUCGUUCUCGGCCGUCGUUGGGUACAUCACGAGCAUCUUUUGGGCGAUCGCGGUCCUCGUCAUCAGCUUUGCAUCGCUGCGCCAGCCCUCGUGCGAGCCCGGGUGCCUCGCGCAGACCUACCCCUGGCUCACCGGCAAGUGCGCGUGCACUGUGCUCGAGACGACGUGCGACGGCGUCAACGGUAUGCUCUUGCUGCCACCGACCGACAGCCUCGAAGUCCGGUCGCUCGUCUUUCUCAUCAUCUCGCAUUGCCCGCACCUUGUCAUGCCGUCGUCGCUGCAGGCGUUUACAAACCUCAUUGGCCUCGAGAUCUUCAAUUCGACGCUGCUCUCGUGGGAUGCGACGGUCAAUAUUGCGCCUUUGACGCGCUUCUCGUACGCGCAAAUGGUCCGCACCAACAUGACCGACUUGCCGCUCGGGCUCUUUGUCGACGCGCCGUCGACAUCUCGCUCGACCCGAACCUCUUGA